GAAUUUAGACCUUGGUGGGCGUGGCCACAGCGACGAGGGCUUCCUGCUCGGCUGAGCACGUGGUUCCGCGUCCCUGCUCGUCUGUCAAGUGUGUGAAGGUUUCCCAGCCCUUCUUUCACUCCUUCUCCCCGUCUAUCAUCCCGUCCAACACGGCAGAGACCAUAUCCUGUCUGUACGCCGUCCCACCCGCCUGCACCUCCCCCUUCCUCCUCCUCCUGCUGCCACGCUUUCCUUCUCCUCGCGACGGCUAACGGGACUACCGACCGCCAGGCCGCGGUCCCUUCAACGCGUACCCGCUCAGAGAGAGAGACAGACAGAGGGGAGCGGUGUGUGCGACGAGCGAGUGAGAGAGAGUGCGUGUGCGCGCAACCGGUCCACCCGUGAUAUUUCUCCGACUAUCCCGCCUCGUUUCUAUCGGUCAUGACGCUGGAAGCGAUCCGCUACCGGGCUGGGUCUCUGCAGAUCCUCAACCAGCUGCUGCUGCCUCACCAGACCGCGUACGAGGAGCUGCGCUCGGUGCAGGACGCCUUCGAGGCCAUCAAGUGCAUGAAGGUCCGCGGCGCCCCGGCCAUCGCCAUUGUCGGCUGUCUCAGCCUCGCCGUGGAGUUGCGGGCAGGUGCCGGGGGUGAUGACCCUGUGACCUUCAUCAGAGAGUCUCUGUGUCACCUGACUUCAGCCCGUCCCACCGCCGUUAACAUGGGCCGGGCCGCCCGCGAGCUGAUGGAGUUUGCCGAGAACGAGAGCAUGGAGAAGAACUCUGAGCAGCUCAGAGAAAGUGUAAUUGCCUGGAUCGAAGACAUGCUGGCGCGUGACGUCAAUGACAACAGGAAGAUCGGUAACUAUGGGGCCCAGCACAUCCUGUCUGGCGUUCCGAGGGCCUCUGUGACCAUCCUCACACACUGCAACACCGGCUCGCUGGCCACGGCUGGAUACGGGACCGCUCUCGGUGUGGUGCGAAGCCUCCACGCGCUGAGCAGGCUGAAGCGCGUCUACUGCACGGAGACGAGGCCGUACAACCAGGGGUCCAGACUGACUGCUUACGAGGCUGUGGCCGAGGGAAUCCCUGCCACGCUCAUCACAGACAGCAUGGCGGCCCUCACCAUGAGAGAAAUGGACAUCACAGCUGUGGUGGUAGGUGCAGACAGGGUGGUUGCUAACGGCGACACGGCCAACAAGGUGGGCACGUACCAGCUGGCCAUCGCUGCAAAGCACCAUGGGAUUCCCUUCUAUGUGGCCGCGCCCAGCACAUCGUGCGACCUGAGCCUGGAGAGUGGCAGGGACAUCAUCAUAGAAGUGCGUCCCCCUGAGGAGCUGACCAGUAUAAACGGAGUCCCCAUUGCUGCCCCAGGCAUCGAGGUGUGGAACCCGGCGUUCGACGUGACCCCUCACCAGCUCAUCACAGGGGGCAUCAUCACAGAGCUGGGAGUCUUCCUCCCCUCUGAGCUGCAGGCAGCGCUCACCGGCCGCCUCACUGCCCUCUAGAGCCACUCAGCGCCACCAGCUGGUCCGUGUGCACCACUGCACCUUAACGUCAAUCACUCAAAGACACUCUCAUUUCACACACACACACAAACACACCGUCAUUGUUGUGGUUUAGGUUUGGUCAAAGCACUGUGACUGUUACAUGUCAGUGGUGCACACAGAAGGAGAAAUGUUCUUCUGUCUGUCACUUACUCACAUACUCACACACACACACACACAUUCACUGCAGGGAGUCAGACAUGUAUGUGUAGUCUCCCCCAUUUCUGUCCCUCUUUUUUUUCUGUGAUCUCACCAUUUCACCUUUUUUUCCUCUUGCCAUCCUUUUAUUUUUGUAAAUGGCUUCUGCACCACGAGAUUGACAAACUCAACCCCAGAAAUAUUUGGCAAAAAAAUAAUUCUGAGGUAAAUUUUAAUAACUGGCCACAGUUAGUUAAAUCCCCAAAAAUCUGUUUCUUUAAUUUCAUAGUAGUGGCUUUUCAUUAGCCGUGGUUUGUAAAAUGCUCCUACCCAUUUGUAAAUAUACAUAUUCUUGCCGGCAAUGUGUACAUAUGUAGAAAAUGUAACCCCUGCUAGUGAAAGGUACUGCUAUUUUAACCAAAAAUUUGGUUGUUUAAGAAUAAAAUUUGACAUAAAAAUGUUAUAUUAACAUUUAAUUUAUUUUGUUCUGCCUAGACUCUUUUAGAGAAAUAAUCCAAAUUUUUAGCUCAUAAAUACGUUUUCAGAAGCAGAUUUUAGUGACAUGAUUUGGUAUUUUGCGCUAACGUUUUACCCCCUGUGGCAAAAUUUUCAAUUUACCUCCUAAAUCAGUGGAAGCUUAUGAAAAAUACAUAACUGUAUUUAAAACUCCUUCCUUGUUUGUAAUUUGCGUAUAUGUGUAACAAUAAUUAUUUAGGCGCCAUACUGAUAUAGUUCUCAUUUUGCACCAGAUGCUCUGGGUUCGGGGGGGGUUGUGUCUUUUUUUUGUUUUUUUUUUGGCCAUAACAGCUUUUGCUGUGAUCUCAGAGGUCUGUUUUGCUGUUGUAUUUGUGUAAAACAGGCAUCACCAUUAAAGGAAUAGUUCACACCAAAAUCUACAUGUUUGUUCAUCUGCUCACUUGCAUGUCAGUCAAGACUUAAUUAAUGGUUGUCCACAACAAAAUACUAGCCUUAGGCUUAUCUCAAGUUAUUUAAGACAGCCAAGGAAAAGAAUGACAAUAUAAUAAUAAAGUAAAAACGUAAUAUCUUUGUGUGGAGACAUGCACACACAUGCCACUGAUGGUGUGUUCAACUAAAUUGGAAUCAGAACAACAAAAGUAUCUUUGAUCUCAAAGUUUCAUGUUUUGGCUUUUUUUAGUUCAUCUUUGGUUUUACGGUCUUUUUAACUUCACUCUUUUGGACUCACUCUCACUGCAAACCUCAACUUCUUGUAUUAAUCUGAUGAAAAGUUUGUGCUAAAGCCACUUUACCUGUUUAGCACCAAAUAACCGACGGACACAAUGACUGCACUUACUAGUUUGAGACCAAAUGAGAGAUUAAUUAACUUUGAAAAUGAAUGAGUGUGUGGCCACACGAUGUGUAGCUUUAAACUGUUUGCUAACAUGUCUUAACAACUUUAGAAGUGGUAAUAUGUCAAUGUUGUGUUAAAACCUUGUUGAGGUGUCCCCCAGCGGCCAGAAGAUGCAAUUCAUAGCGGUUUAAAGAUCUACAAUCUGGACAUUAUAUCUGUGUUUGGCAAAACGUCUUUAUUUUGAGGUGAACUAUUCCUUUACGAUGAUGAGUUUUAAUUUACACUGCGUAUCCGUGUGCAGAGAGCUCUGCAACACUCUCACAAUCCGAAUGUAAUAUUCACAUCAGAUUCACUUUCUUUAGAUUUCAGAGAGUCACUUGUUCAGAAUGUGUUUUGACUGUUUGAAUUAAUCUGCAAAAGAAAAUCUGUUUUUCUCCAGACAUACUUCCAUCAGAUUACUUCACGCGAUCCAUUUCUAACCCUGUCUGCUGUGAGUUUAACUUCUCUAUGUCCUGAAGAUGGUAGAAAAACAUCUUCUGAAUCAUCUGAUUUGUCUCUCGGUAAAAACAUAAGUCAGUUAAAUUAACAGAAAUUGGACUAGUAAUUUACUUGCUCAUGCUAUUCCAAAGCACACAUUGUUUUAACUUGUUUUAAAACCUGACAUUGCCCUCAUAUUUAACCAUAACCAGUAGACUAUUAUUGUGAAAGGUAUAUGACUGAGUUACUGCAGUUUUGUCACGUGGUUAGGGACGGCAUUUGUUAUUCUUAAAGGAUCCUUAGAAAUGUCUUUGUUGCUCUGUAUGGUACACACCUACCUGCUGCCCUGAAUGUCACAUGGCCAGACUGGGAGGGGGGCCCACACUGCUCACUGCCUUAGAGGUGCAGCAUCAAUAUAACCAGCGUGAUGUGAGCUUGUAUCAUGACCGAAGAGACGCAGCCCCUCUGUCCUUCCUUUGGCCUGAUUGAGAUCAUGUGGCCAGACAGCCGUCACAAGUCCAGAGAUCUGGCCACACGGCACCCUUUUCUGACCUCAAACAUUGAACAUUUACUUAAUUAAUUUUAACAAGUGACAAAUACGCAACUUUAGCUAUUCUACGGGACACAUGUUCCGAUAGGACCAUAAAAAAGCUUUAAAAAGCUUAGUCAAUACUAAUCGUCCCGUCGUGUAAAAUAAGCUCAUAUCUUCCUUUGCUUUCCCUCUUAGUCCUGUGUCCAACCAUCAAAGCUCAACUCACAGAGAUGCUGUUAAGUCACACACAAGCAUAAUAGAUACUUGUGCAUUUGAAUAUUAUUUAUUUUGUACAGGUAAAGACAUCACUUUUUGGGGUGGCAACUUUAGACAAUGUUCCAGGCGUAUGUAGCAACUUUGUAUUUCUUUUACAUUUCUUAAGAGGUAUGAGAUUUUGGUUUGUCUGUACAUCACGAUUAUAACCGUUUGGCUGUGUUUAUUUUGAUUAUAAGACAUUGUGAUUCCUAGUAACUAGGCAAUCAGUACACCACACUGGGGAGGCCUCCUCAACCAUACACACUACCUCAAACACUGAAAUGCAUGAACAGAUGCACUUGGGGAAAAAAAUCUGGAGGACAUGUCCACAUUCCACUAAUGUUUGUAUCUUGAACCCAAAGUGACAAAUCACGUGUGGUGAUGCUUUUAGUCUGCAGGAGUAGCCUGGAUUUAGGUUGAUUGGGUUGCAGCGGAAUUAUUUCUGCAUUACUUUUUUUCAAACCAUGCUUUUGAAGCAGCAGUAAUCUAGUACUCUGUUUAAAAAGGUUUUCCACCAACCUCAGAACACCAAACACACGCCUGACAAAGGUGCCAAAAUUCAGUGCUGCUUGCUGUGCACUUUUCACUUGGAUUUAUUUCAUCAAAGCAGGUGUGUGUAUUAUUCUCCAUGAUUAGUAUGGCCUGCAGUUACCAUGGAAGGAGUGUUGUUCAGAUGGCCUCUUUAAGUGCAAGUAUGCCAUUGUUGUUAUUGAUAGUCACUUUAUCUGGUUUCAUUUAUUUAUGUGGAAAUGAUUCCAAACUGGAUUUUUUUUAAAUAUACAUGUACAUGAAUAUAAUGCUGUGCAGUCAUUUCUCUUUCAC